ACAUCAGUACACAAACACAGAAUCUGCUUAAAAUUUAGUUCUAAAUCUAGGCUAAAGAUUCUGUAUUUAAUUUAGAUCUCAUUAUUAUUCAAACAAAAAACGGACUUUUAUUUUAAUUUCAGGUGUAGAUCUAGAUCUAGAUUCUAGAAUCUAGCUAAAACUAGACACUAGAAGAAAAAAAAAAAAAUCAAUGAUUCCACUCAAAUUCCAGUUUGAGUUCCACUGCUGAUGCACUGACACUGACAUGGCAACAGAAGAGAGUGUCUCUAAAGAACCAAGAUCAUCUACCAAGCGUCGUAGUUUAGAAGAACCUGAAGCAUCAAAAAAACACAAUGUUGAUGGCUUGGAGAAUGCCCUCAGAUUUAUGGUUACAUUGAACCCAAGCACAGUAACAAGGGGUAAUAUAAAACUGCACUUGGCCAUUGAUGAAAUAGUGAAACAUUCACAAGAAGAAGGACUUACGCCAGACCAGAUAAAAACACUUGUUGAUGUUAUCACAAGCCCUAAUAAAAACAUUUCUCAGACUCUGCGCACCAAAUUUGUGAAAUGUUUACUUCCAUCCAUGAAAGUGCCACAGUCGGUUGUGGUUCGAGUAAUCUCAUACAUCAGCACAAGAAUUUUCAGUACCCCUGGCCCAUCAAACCUACAUAGCACUUUACUACGAUGGAUUCUACUCACAUUUGACUACCUAGAUGGAUACGAUCAGCUCCAUAAAGUUUAUGACAUUAUUUUUCAGUUCGUCAACUCCUAUCUCUUGCUGCCUCAUGCUUGUCACCUACUGUUUCUUUUGACGAGAAAAUGCGAUGUUAGGCUGUAUAAAGUUCAUAAGUUAUUGGAGCUGACAAACAAAAUUGGACCUGAGCCGUACCUUGUGGGUUUAUUGAUGAUUUACAAAGUGUUCUGUCCUCACCUAGUCAGCAUGAGACUAAGCACUACUCACAAGGUGUACUUCAAAGCUCAUGAUGUAGUUUGGAGAUCGCACAUUUCAGCAGUGGUCAAUGGGAGACUAGUAGAUGACCAGAGAUUAGCGGCAGAUGUUUCCAAUGUCAAAAUGAGACGAGAAAAAGAAGCAGCGCCACCUCGAUCAAAGAAACAAAAAUUGGUAGUGCCAGGACCUCACUCUGCAGCUGAUGAAGUCCAAGAAGAGAAGGACAUAGAAGAUGAAAAUAAGAGUGUCCCUUUUGAACAGAUAGAAUCAUUUACAGACUUUUUAGAUGCAUUAGAAAAAAUUGAGUAUCCCAGUCAGAUAGCAACAGCUUUAAAUGAUCGCCGCCUUCAGCUUUUAUUGUCGUGUGAACCUGAUCGAAUAGUGAUAACACGCCUCUGUUUUUGGAUUCAGCAUGUGUUUGCUUUUGGUUUUAAAGGAGCAGAUAAAGAUGGGCUUGAAAGAAAUGAGAAAUUGCUCCAGAUGUUGUUGACAUUCUCACAGAAUGUUCAGGGUCUCCCUAUAGUUGAAGGAUUUCUUGAGAGUUAUCUCCCUACAUGGAAUGGACAGAGCUAUGCACCUUUAAUCUUCUCUUUAAUUACUUGCAUUCGACCCAGCUCUUAUCAAGAGUUACAUUGUUCCAUUCUUGAGCCCCUGCACAGACUGUUUUUCUCAUCUGAUGUUUACUUUAAGUCGAUGUGUAUAACAUCAUUGACUAAAUUAAUUCAAAAUUUGUCCAUGGAGGCGCAUCUACAAAUUGUUUCUAAAGAAGUCCAACAGAAAGGACCUUCAGUAUCAAAACAAUCAGAGAUGGAGGAGAGCCGAGAAGACACAAGACCAAGCCCAGACGUCACCAAAGACCAUGAAGCUACAGGAGAGGGGAGUGAGAAAGAUAAAGUCUUGACUACAAUACAGACCAUUCUCUUCCAGCUAGUCAGCCUGCUCGAUGGCGUCAUUGUUGUUGGAAUGAGAAUGGAAAAUGAUCAUUACCUUCUGCAGAGCACAGCGCUGGAUUUAAUUUAUACGGUUUCUGUCAUUUUCCAAAAGUAUUGCAUUCCACUGGUGUGUCUUCCUAUUCGAAUGAUUCAUCGUCUGCUUUUAUCUGAUUGUCCAGCCACCUUAGCUCGAUUGUGUGGAAUAAUAAACUCAUUCAGAGAGGCAUUCACGUCUCUGCGUAACAACAGUGAAAAAUGGAACACGACAGCUAUAACCUGUGACACUAUGGUUGCUACCCAAGUAUUUCAGGCAGACACCUUGAGGGCUGAGGGUCGGGGAAAAGACAAGUUCAAUGCCCUCUUGCUCGAUGCCCUCGGCAUGUUAUGGCAAGGACGCCUGUUUGCAGAAAGGAGAAACUUUAAAUCCAUUUUUCAGUUUAAGCCACCCUCUCAUCUGGAGGGGAAGUUAAAAGACAAUGCACUAACUAUUUACAAUGGACCUGCAUUUUUAGCGCUGGCGUACAAAUUCUUAAAGGAGACUCAAGGAGAGGACAAAAAGGUUCAUCCACUCCAGAUUGAGGGUUUCAAGGACACAUAUUUAGUUUUUUUGGAGAGAGAAAAUUUCCCAGAAUUCAAACAGUUGGUCAGCCUGAACAUCAAGGGCCAGAAGACUUGACCGAGUGGUUGGUGAUAUGGUGGAGCUAAAGUCUUUAUAUGUGUGGUUUCAAGUUGGAAGUGAAGCAGACAUAAUCACAGUUGUUUCACAAUAGCUAAAGUCAUCAUAUGUUUGGCUUAAAAUAGGGAGUGAAGCAAAUAAUCACAGAUAUAAUUCUAUAGCUAAAAUCAUUAAUUGUGUGGCUAUCAUGGUAGGAGUACACAUAAUCACUCAUUGCACAUUAGCCAAAGUCAUGUGUUUGGUUUCAUGUUGGUAGUGAACCACAUAUAAUCACAGUUAAUUCACAAUAGCUAAAGUAAUCAUAUGUUCAGUUUCAAGUUUCUCAUUCUCCUGUCCUCUUUUGUUUAUUCUAAAGCAGUGGUUCUCAACCUGGGUUUGAUCAAACCCCAGGGGUUCAGUGAGUCAGUCUGAGGGGUUUGGUGGAGGUCGACACACCUCACUCAAAUGAUUCACGAUCAGAUUUUGUCAGUGAUGACGAUAGAACUACUAAGAAGGGUUUAGGGAAUGUGCAUAUAAAACUUGUGGGGUUCGGCACCUCCAAAAGGUGAAAAAUCACUGCUCUAGAGAGAGCACGAAAUGUCUUAGUAGACACCAUAGGGAGGUAACAAAUGAAAACCUUUGUUACUCAGUUUUUUAGUCCUCAGGGCAUGAAAAAUGACUAGGUGACAUUACCCUGAACAUGAUAAAUACCAUGACAGUUUGUACAUUCCCAAGUCUUUUAAAUGUACAUUGUUUCUUGGUACAUUAAGUGAUUUUAUUCUAAUUUUAAAUUAUUAAUUCUUUUUUUAAAAAUGAACUCCGCUACGUUUCAUUUAAAAAAAAUAUAUAUUUAAAUGUGUGGAAUUUAGGUUAGCUACUAUGUUGUAACAUAAUGAAUAUGUUGUUGUUUGUGCUAAAUAUGUACACAUCAAACGUUUUUAUUGGUAUUAAAUUUGUAGGCUACACUAUUUAUUGUACCCAAUGCUGUUUUUGGUAUUUUAAUGUACACAAUUUAUUGUACACAAUAUUGUAAGCUAUACUAUAAAUGCUAGCACAGUUCAUGAUAUCCCAGUAUGGGAAAUAUGCAAGUAGAAUCAAUGUCACUUUAACACAGCCUUUUAUCUAGUCUCUUCAUCAUAUAAUUAUGAAGUUUUUUCUUAAAAAGUUAAUGUAGCCUGAUCUUCAGUUUACACAAUUGUGUUGUGCUAUUCUUGUGGACAUUCAUAAAUAUAACAUUGUAACAAAAAUAUUUUAAAACAAAAAGAGCUUGCUAAAGAUAAGUAAAUUAACUUUGAAUAAUUUAAAGACAAAGGAAGUGUUGAAAGUUUGACUAGAGUUAACUACCCUUGCUAGAUAUUUCUCUGGUUUUGUACUAAACUUUCAUUGUUAUAUUCUGUAUAUUUUUUUACUGUAAAUAUUUUGUACUUGUCUAUAUUUAAUUCAUGUAUAUUUAUCCCUGCCCUGGUUAUAAACAUGCCAGAGAUUUAUACAGUGUUGUCCCAUAGUUUAUGUUGUUAUGAAGAUUUAUUUAAAUGAGAAGUAAUUUGCAUAUUCAUGUAAGGAUUGACUGUCCUUCAGAUAUUUAAAAAAUAUAUUGCAAUAAAAUAAACUUAGAAUGUACUGUCAACAGUAUGUGUUGAUUUCUUUUCUAUCCAGCUGGUCAGAAUAAACUAUUCUUCAUCUUC